UAGUCAGGCUCGACAACAGGAAUAGUUACAUUGAUAAUUACUUUUCGUAUUUUCGUUAAUGCGUUUAAAGAAUUCGCUGCAAGGAAUCAUCAAAUACAUAUUGGAGAAUAUAACAACAUACAAGAAAAACGGAAAAUAGCGUAAAGGAAAGUGGAAUUUGGAGACUCGCGACUUGAGCAUAAAAGAAAGAGAGAGAGAGUGUGAGAGAGAGGAGAAUAAUUACCAAAAUUGUUACUGUGUGAGGUGGUAACACUGUCGCAAAACAGUACAGGACGAUGUCUUCAAACACGUGGCCAGAGAUUUUAAGUGCAAAAAGUGAAAAUCGACAUGAAUUAAAUCUUUCUGGAGCAGCAGUAUCAAAGAAAAUAGAAGAAGAUGGUUUGGACAAGGCGUUGUUUUCAUUUUCCGGUCUUAAUUACCUGUGUAUUAGCCAGACAUGCCUGGAUGUGUUGCCAGAAGAUAUUGGUAACCUAACAAAUUUGACAAAUCUUGUUUUGCAUUCGAAUAAAAUCCGGAAAUUACCUACCACUUUGGGAAGACUAACAAACCUUAAAAUGCUCGACCUCUCACGAAAUAAACUUGAAGCAAUUCCGAAUGAGAUUACACAGUUGUCACAAUUGUCGACUUUGAAUGUAUCAUCAAAUGUAUUAAAUGGUUUCCCAUGCAUGUCUGAAAAUACGAAGCUAAGUAUUUUAGAUCUAUCCGGAAACCAGUUUGAGGAGUUCCCAGACAUUUGUUACUCAGAUCUGGUACAUCUGGCUGAAGUGAAACUGAGUAGUAAUAAAUUAAAGGAAGUACCACCAGCUGUGAAGGAACUAAAUUCGUUGAAAGUUCUUGAUCUUGGAGACAAUAGUCUGACAUCUGUACCUGGUGAAAUUGCGGACAUACACAAAUUGAAAGAACUAAACCUGAAGGGAAACAAGUUAAGUGACAAGCGUCUAUUGAAAUUAGUUGACCAGUGCCACUCGAAGCAAGUGCUGGACUAUAUAAGGCAACACUGCACCCGCUCCAGCUCUGGGACAGACACUUCAGCUGCUGGCAAGGGAAAGAAGAGCAAAAAGAAGAAAGAACCUGCAGAUAGAAAUCAUGUAGAAGAAAAUGUGGGAAAACUGUGCCACAAGCUGGAGGUCACUCAUGUGAAGGAGUCUGUGCCGUCUGUCGUGCUAGAUGAAGCUGUGAAGGAUGUGAGACAGCAUAUAGUCUGCUGCAUCAUCACGGGCAUCAAUUUUGUGCAGCAUACAUUCAAGAAAUUCAUCCAGCUCCAGACAAAGCUGCAUGACACAGUUUGUGAGAAGCGCAAUGCAGCAACCAUAGCAACUCAUGACUUAGCUUCAUUGUGUCCUGGGAACAUUGUCUACACUGCCUGUCCUCCAGACAAGAUCAAGAUUUGUCCACUGGGAAGAGCAAAACAUCUAACAGGCUCUGAAUUAUUUGCUCAGCUACAGCAAGAAGCAGAUGAACUGCGAAAGGAAAAGAAGAGGAAUGUUUACACUGGUAUCCACAAGUACCUACAUUUGCUGGAACGAGAAUCUGUUUAUCCAUGUCUCAUGAAUGGGGGGCGUGUAAUCUCCCUGCCACCAAUUACUAAUAGUGACUCUACGAAGAUUUCUGAAAAUACUAAGUCCAUAUUUGUGGAGGUGACAAGUGCAACAUCACAGAGUGUGUGCCGACAUGUACUGGAUGCCUUGCUGCAUGAAACACUACUGCUUGGAAUCAGCUCCAGUGAGCCCCCAAGUGAGGGUACCACUUUGCAAUCAGCACACCACACUCUAACAGUACAACAAGUCAAAGUUGUUGAUAAAGCAGGUAAUCUUAAAGUUGUGUACCCAUCCAGGAGUGAUCUGAAUUUUGAAGAUAACACCAUAUCAGUUAUCCGGGAAUGAGGAGUGGUGUGAACGUGAUACUAUUUGCAGUCUCAUUGCUGUGAUGUAAGGUGUGAUAAUCACUUUUCUUAUUUAUGUACUGUUUUAUCACUUUAAAAGUUGGCACCCACAAGUUAUGAGAGUAUGAUUAUAAACGAGUAUUCAUUUAUGUGGCUAAAUUUUCCAUCUUGUCUCCUUCGAAUACUCCACAUAGGAGUUAGUACACCAAACCCCAUUAUUCUGCCACUGUUGGAAGAAAUUCUGAAAUUCUUCAUUUGUGAUACACCCAUUUAAAUUUUUCUAUAUGUCCAAAACAUUUAUUCAGCGUUUCUUUAUUUAUCUUUCGGAACAGGAUGAAAUCACAGAGCAAAGUUCAGAGACCAGGGGGAGGCAGGUAACUGCAGCCAUUUUUAUUUGUUGUCAUGAGCCAUUGAGCAGGUGAAUUUUCAUGAUGAACCAGUUAAUCUUCAUUUAGCAGUUUCUCCAUAGACAUUGCAGCACAGCUGUAUAAUAAUUGAUGAUGAAUUCGUGAUCCACAUCCCCAUCAGGAUCAGACAAAAUGGUUAUCAUGCUCUUUGACUUUUUUUUUAAUCUGAGCUUCUUUGGACAUGGUGAGGUUUCCAUCAUGAUGACUGCUGUUUUGUUUCUGAUUGUACCCAUAAACCUAGGUUUCAUAAUUUUUACUGACCUUUGGCAAGAAAUGUGCACUAUCUUAAAUAUGUGUUUCAAGAUUAUGACAUACAUAAGACACUUAUCCUUUCCUUCACGCAAUAACAGACAAGGAACAAAUCUGGUAUGAUAAAAUGCAUCGACAGUUUCUGUAAGAAGGAAUAAUCUUUUUGCACAAAUCAAGAAUAGUAAGAGACUUGUCCUAAUGAACCAAUACUCUGACUCUUUCAGAAUUUUCAUUCAUUUUGCUUGUGUGUGGCUGUUCACAGCAUUCUUUGUCUGCAUGGAAAUUUGUCCACUUUUAAUGUUUUCAGAAUCUGUUUCACAGGCUUGAAACAGAACCCACUGUUCCAUUGAUUUUCUCAUUUAAAGAAAUACUAGUCCUGAUGUAGUGUACAUAUUUUCAUGAAACAGCAUGAUGUAAUGUGACACGCAGAAUACAGAAUGAUGUAUGCAAAGUAAACUACUCAGGAAAAUAUAGUUUGUUACCACCUUGCUUGAAAAAGUCAUAUAUAUAUAUGCAGUUAUCAAUGGAAUCAGUCUUGUAACUUCUGGAUAAUAAGAUACAAUAGUUUGUAGUGGUAUAUUAAUACAAUUGCUGUGUUUUUGGAUGAUGGAUAAUGUUCAGAAACACAAUAAUUGUAUUAACAUCUGGAUAAGUUUGGCUCUGGAAAGUAAUAAUGAGUCAUAAUUCGCAAUUGAAAGUGGAAACUGUAAAUAGUGAGAGAGAAUUACUGAAGAUUUACUUGGGUUCCCUUCCGAGUGCCACUGUAAAGCCUGUACACAUUGCUACCACUUUGCUGUCAUUUUGUUCCCUUCUGUAAUAUCGUCUUGGAAUGUGAAUAACUAUAAAUGUAGAUUUUAUUCUUUGGGGAGAGGGGAGUGUUCAGAAUUGUGUUCGUAAUUUGUUGCAAGAGUCCAGUUUUAUUACUGCCAGUUAAUACUGACGAUAAUUUAUCUGAAACUGCAUUUUCAUCAACAUUAACAAGUAUUUUAACAAGGUUUUACAAAAGUGUGUGCGUAAUUUAUUCCAAGAUGUUUGUUCCAGUCCAAAAAUUAAAAUUAAGUCCGCUGAUGAUGUGUAUAAAACUCGUUAAUUUUAAGCUUAACGAGUAAAAUGGGAUCUUGUAAUUAUCUUCCUAGUAACAGUGUAAUCAUUGCUCUCUUAUAUCCUAAGCGUCAGUUAUAUACUGGCAUAUUUUCUAAUCACAGAAAUUUCUCAUUUACAUGUUCUAUAUUUUUCUUCCCUUCACCAUAUUUUCCUUGUGUUCUUAUUAGUGUUUUCCAUACUAUUUGGUCUGCCUAAGGCACCAUUGAACAAAAUGUUAUUUUGUUAUUACAUUAAUUUAUAAGUUUCCUUUUUGUUAUAUACCAGUACUGUAUUCAUAAUUGUGAUUACUCCUGUCAGGCAUAUAGUUCAUUGUUCGUGCAUUAUUUUAAAUAUCCUUUGUAACAUUAUGAGAGGGUAUUUUGUUAUUUUUACAUACUUUUGUUUCAAUUUUUGUAUGAGGAUAUGUGCUUCAUUGUUCUGGACUGGAUGGCUAUGGUCCUCCAUAUCACUUCCCAAAUCAUCUUGGGGGAGGCCUACUGAGCUUCCUCCCCAGUGGGUACUGGGGCUGUUUCCAUAGAGUAAAAGCAUCUGAAGAGUAAAGAUGACCAUUCAUCUCCAUCUUGAAGGUCUGUAAUACGAGGGGGGACCCAAAAAUAACCGGAAACGACCUGU